AUGGCAUUGCUGUGGUCAAUGGCACAGUGGCUCUUGUGGCUAAUGUUGCAGCUAUCGGCGCUGGUGCUGCACCUCACACCGACAAUUGUAUCAUUUAUGACGUUGAUUGCCAUUGUUUUAGUGCUCACAAUGACAACGCAGGCGUUGGAAUACGGCGUUCUGACGUCACUGCACCGUUCCAAGUGGUACAAGACGUCAAGUUACGACGAUCUACGACGCGAUUUCUACCGUGGGUACUGGCUGCUGACUUUGCUCUACGUUUUGGGAUCAAUACUAUGGAUCUUCUUCACUGGUAAAACAGGUUCUCGUGUUGUCUACGGAGGUAUCUUUUGCGUGUUGUGGUGGGGUGUACAAGUAGCAAUGGUUGCUGCGCUCACUUCGUUGGACGAAGUCAUUCUAAAGAGAAAGACAAUGAUCAAGUGGUGA